UCACCAGUGAAAGAUCAAACGUGCUUAUUGAUCGCGCGGAACUGAUCCUGUUGGUUGGAGUGGGGUCCGACCCAUGUGCGAUAAUCGUAGUGUUGAGAUCCAGAUUGUGGCGCGCGAAUCAAGUCCUCUGCAUUCUUCCUCAGCUCGGCUCGUCUUACGUGGUGCUAUUCAGCAAUGACGGCAAAGCAGAAGAACGCGAGAGGCUUCCGAUGUAUUCUCCAGAAUAGCAUUAAUGCCAGCGACAAGUCUUGGAGCUAUACCGUAUCCCUGCCUGACGUCCAAGCAACGAACAAAGCGAAUCUAAUCAAGGCCGUAUCUGUCAUUGCCUCUUCUACGCGCCAGGAGAUACAGCUGCGCUACGAAAGCGCACCGUCAAAUCGCGUCACAAAGUCCGAAUCUCUCGAUAAGCUUAUGCUAAUCUCCUUCGCCGACUUCAGACUUCAGAUUUCUGACAAGAGCACUGGAAUACACAAGCAAGCACCUGCCCGAGAAUCUGCUGAAUAUGUCUCUCGCUUGCUCAAUACUGGUAUUAUCCUUAAUGGGGUACCCUACUACUUCUUUGGACAUAGCAAUAGCCAGCUUAAAUCAAGGUCAUGCUUCAAUCUCGCAGAUACGAAGGACAGGAUAAGCGAGAAGAUCAAUGCAAUGGGCGAUUUCUCGAAGCUUAAGACAGUUGCUAAGAAAGCAAAGAGGCUUGGCCUAUUAUUCUCGAGUGCCGAGGCGGUUUUCGAAAACCUCUCGCCGGAACGUUGCGAGGACAUACCAGACGUGUUAGUUGGAGACUACAAUUUCACUGAUGGUUGCGGCAUAAUCUCAAUGCACCUUGCUAAGGAACUAGCACGUCGAAGGAGUAUCGUUCACCGCAAUGAAAGGUAUCUGCCUUCGGUUUUCCAGAUACGGUAUCGCGGCUACAAAGGUGUUUUAUCCUUGGAACCGUCUCUAGGUCCAAAGCUUGAAGCCAAAUUCCGCGAAUCUAUGCUAAAAUUCAAAGACGCCGCAGACCUGUCAUUCUCAGUGGUAGCCUAUUCUAAACCUUAUACUUUCGGCUACUUGAACGACCAAAUCGUUCUGCUAUUGAGCGCGCUCGGUAUCUCAAAUGAUGUACUGCUACAGAAGCAGAACCAGUACCUCGAUUUUCUAGCUCGAGCAGCUGAUGAAAAUAAUCUCAUGCUGGCAUUUCAAUUUCUUUCAUACUGCGACAGGACUGAUUUGGUGGAAACUCUCCUCAUGGAAGGCGCAGAUGCAGUAAAGUUAUCGACUCGGAAGCUUGUACUUCAAGAGUACGACAAAAUGCUGAAUAAGAAAGGCGAGCCAAAGUGCCGGAUCAUGCUUCCGAAGUCACGACUGAUCUUCGGGAUUUGCGAUCCAUCGUCUGCAAUGAAUCUUCCUGGACGACUGAGGGAAGGUGAAUGCAUGGUUAGAGUCACUGAAAUUGGCGAUGGGAUUGCGCGCACCGUCGUGAAUACUGAGGUCCUAGUCACGCGAAAUCCGUGCUUGCACCCAGGCGAUCUGCAAAAGUUCAAGGCUGUGGAAAUCCCUGAAUGGUCUCAUCUGAGGGACUGUAUAAUAUUCUCAACCCAAGGUAAGCGUCCGAGUGCGGAUCUAAUGUCUGGAGGCGACUUAGACGGCGAUAAGUUCUUCGUUUGUUGGGAUCCAGAUAUCGUGCCGAGAACUGUGUCACAACCUGCGGAAUAUCCGGCCGGGAGAGAGCCAGUAUAUUUUGGAGGCACGUCUGAUGCUGAUCGAGCCGACUAUUUUGCUCGCUAUACGAACGCAUCGCUUGGUAGAGUAAACCAUCUGUUCUUGGACUGGGCUCGAUUGAAAGGUGCUAUGAGCCCUGAAUGCCAGCAGCUUAAUCGUUUGUUCAGUCAAUGCGUGGACGGUGUCGGAAUUAAGGUGCCUCCCAACCUCGAAGACCCACCCAAAUGCCCAGAGAAGACUGACUUCGUGCUCGAUGUUUUGCAUCGCUCAGCCGAAGAGAUAAUACAAAGCCGCCUAGAGCGAGGUUCUAACCAAUGGGAAGGCCUUUCAUUUGGUGCUAUGGAGCUACUCCUAAACCGAGACAGAAUAGCCAUGUCCGAAUUCGAAUUAAUCCAGCUCACCAUGAAAUGGUGUCAGGCGCACAAAGUAAACAUCCUCGACUUUCAGGAUUUCUUUGACUUCUGCACAUUGUCAGAUGAGCAGAAGCUCUGGAUUUCGAAUUGUUUGCCACCUAGCAAGGAAGCUCCAAGUCUCGUGUGGAAUGGUCUACUGCAAUCCGAGCUUGUCGAGCCUAUGGAACUGAAGAGAUUUCAGCUUGACGAUCACAGAUUGCAUUGGAAGCGCAUCUUUAGUUCGGGUGUAGAUCGAAUGGGACGAUUCCUGGAAACAACAACUCGAACGCUUGAGCUGUUUCACAAGAAGCUCAUUAUAUUCUCGGUCGACGAGCGACUCACUUUGGCCAUCUAUGUGCCCCGAAAGAUCUCGCGAGCUCAAGAAUUCCAGGUUGACUCUUCGCAUCUGAUGACUCUACGUACCGCAAUACUACGAAUGCCACUGAUAGGCGGAGACGACGGCAAGAAACAAUCGAUCAUGGAGUUAAUUUCGAUUGCGUAGCAAGUGUCAAUCUUGCAAAGAUCAGCUCAGAUAUCCAGAGACAUGUCGGACGAAUCCGGAGGUCCGGCAUCCUGCAAGCGGAAAUCUACGCGAUCAGCAAUAGGGACGUCCAGUCUAUGCAGCUCCUAGACCAAUGGCUCGAAUACGUAGACACGGACGAGAUUCUUCCUCUGUAUGAACGAGAAAACAAAGAGUAUACCGUUCCGAGUCCACAAGAGGUUGAUUGGACAGCCCAUCCUGCAGCAUUUAAGCAAAUCGUGCGUGGUAAGCUUCAGGUGCUCGAUCAGAUCUC